CCCUCCCUCCUGCCGCCGGCGCCCGCGCUGUGCACUUGGGCCGGAAGCCUGCGCCGGCCGCCCCGGUUCCUUGGGGCUCUGUAAGGGACUCCGCCGCCUCGGCUCAUCGGACCUGUAGGAUUGUCAGAAACUCCAGGAAGCUCUGUUGGAAUUAACUUCAGAAACCGCAGCCCCUAUUGUAUUUGUGAAACAGGAGCAUAUAGGAGGUCAUGCCAAAACACUGAAGGCGUUAUAAGGAAGGCAGACUUCAAAAGGUCCUGAAAAAUGAAUAAUGCCAACAACAUUCCUGAGUCCUUUGACUACGACCUCAUUGUCAUUGGUGGUGGUUCUGGAGGACUGGCAGCUGCGAAGGAGGCAGCCAAAUAUGGCAAGAAGUGAUGGGCUGGAUUUUGUCACUCAACUCCUCUUGGAAAUAGAUGGGGACUUGGAGGGACAUGUGUGAAUGUGGGUUGCAUACCGAAGAAACUGAUGCACCAGGCUGCUUUACUGGGCCAAGCCCUACAAGAUUCUCGCAAGUAUGGAUGGCAAGUUGAAGAGACAGUUAAACAUAAUUGGGAGAGCAUGACAGAAGCAGUUCAGAAUUAUAUUGGCUCCCUGAACUGGGGCUACCGUGUGGCUCUGAGAGAGAACAAAGUCACAUAUGAGAAUGCGUAUGGAGAGUUUGUUGGGCCGCACAAGAUUAAGGCAACAAAUCAAAAAGGCAAAGAGAAUUUUUAUACUGCAGAGAAAUUUCUCAUUGCCACUGGUGAAAGACCACGUUAUUUGGGCAUCCCUGGAGAUAAAAAAUAUUGCAUCAGCAGCGAUGACCUCUUCUCCUUACCUUACUGCCCAGGAAAGACUCUCGUGGUUGGAGCAUCAUACGUUGCUCUUGAAUGCGCUGGGUUUCUUGCUGGUAUUGGUUUGGACGUCACUGUUAUGGUACGGUCCAUCCUCUUGAGGGGUUUUGACCAGGACAUGGCCAACAAAAUUGGCGAACACAUGGAAGAACAUGGUAUCAAGUUUAUAAAGAAGUUUGUGCCCAUUAAAAUUGAGCAGAUUGAAGAAGGAAUGCCAGGCAAACUCAAAGUGGUGGCUCAGUCCACAGAUGGCCAAGAAACAAUCGAAGGAGAGUACAACACUGUGUUGCUAGCAGUAGGAAGAGAUUCAUGCACAAGAAAAAUUGGCUUAGAAAAUGUUGGAGUGAAGAUCAAUGAAAAGACGGGAAAAAUCCCUGUUACUGAUGAAGAGCAGACCAAUGUGCCUUAUAUCUAUGCUAUUGGGGAUGUGCUGGAGGGCAAACUGGAACUCACACCUGUAGCAAUCCAGGCAGGAAGAUUGUUGGCCCGGAGGCUUUAUUCUGGCUCCACAGUCAAGUGUGACUAUGAUAAUGUUCCUACCACUGUGUUUACACCCUUGGAAUAUGGUGCUUGUGGAUUCUCUGAGGAGAAAGCUGCAGAAAAAUUUGGAGAGGAAAAUAUUGAGGUUUACCAUAGUUAUUUCUGGCCUUUGGAGUGGACUGUCCCAUCCAGAGAUAACAACAAAUGCUAUGCAAAGAUAAUCUGCAAUAUUAAAGAUAAUGAGCGAGUAGUGGGGUUCCACGUCCUGGGCCCCAAUGCCGGAGAAGUUACUCAGGGUUUUGCCGCUGCACUCAAGUGUGGACUGACCAAAGAGCAGUUGGACAGCACAAUAGGAAUUCACCCGGUCUGUGCGGAGAUAUUCACCACCCUGACCGUGACUAAGCGCUCUGGAGGAAACGUUAUCCAGGCAGGUUGCUGAGGUUAAACCCCAGUGUUGCUGCCGCUGCCGCCAAAAACUCCGAUUUUUUUUUUGAAGCUAACGUCAAGGAAAAUCUGAAGAAGAGCCUUCAUCUAAUCUCACCACACCCUUGGGUUCUUCCAUCGUCAGAGCAGAACAACGUUGGCGCAUGUCACUUGCCUGUGAUGAUCGGAGAGGGCAGUUUGGCACAACAUUGGGGUCACUCUCAAAGACUUUAAACUGUUUGCAGGAGUGCACCCAAGGGCUGCAUUUAUGAAGUCAGAGCCAAAAGCCAGCAUUUUGCGGUUGGCUGUGAUGGAAAAACUCCUGCCACAGUUUUAGGAUAAAUUCCCCCCACCCCCCCACCUUUUAAGUUUCUUAUUCUCAGCAGUUGUAAUACUAACUAUAAUAAUGCUAUGGAUUUUUACUGAAUUUUUAGAUUCAGUGUUGUAAAGUUCACAAAUUCGAAUAGUCUCUCCUCCUCUUGCAGCACAGGCCCACCUUCAGAGGAGAGAUUACAGUGUUUAUUUCAGAUUUUGAGAAUUAAAAUUUUCCUUAGCAAUUUAUUUAGCAACUGUUCUGUGAGUCUUAACUAGUAAAUUAUCUGAAUAAUUCAGGCCCCUGAGUACCCUGUGAUGUAUCUUAUCUGGAUAUUUUGGUUGAAAGUGUUUUGUGACUUGAGAAAUCUAGAUAAUGUAGACAUGAAUUCUGCAGAUCAUUUUCUAUUAUUGAUUCAACCAUUGGUUUGACCCCUCCCCUACCAGUUUUCAAAAACAUUCACUGUCAGGUGUUUUUGUCUAAAUUUUAGUUAGAAUUUAAGGACAACUAGUGGCCAGUUAUCUUGGUAAUGUGAAAUAGGAUAUGCCACCAAUGAAGGUUGUAUACAUAUUUUUUUCUAACUCUACAAAACAGUUUUUGACUUUCAUCAAAACUAAUCAACGGAACAAAAUGCAGGUCUUCAGUAGGAAAUGGUGAAAACUGUGUUGUCAGAAACUGAUUUUUUUUCCUUUAAACUGUUUUUUGGCUUUGCCUCCUUAGCCCUAAUGCCUUACAGGCAAAAAUCAACAUCAAAUGAAGGUCUUUGGCAGUAGAAGCCAUUUGACUUUUGCUACAAGUCUUUGGUUUGGGCAGAAAGCCUAAAAAUCUGGUAAUGGUUUUAGUUUAUUUUCCUCUAUUCUUUGUGUAUCUUGCUUAUUCCUGUUUGCAGAAACCUCAUUUCCAGGGAAAUAGGGCCCUCCACACUUGGAAUUUGAAUCUCUAUGUGUUUGUAUGUAAUACUUUUUCAAGAAACUUAUUUUCAUAGAUUAUUUAAUUUUUUUUAAAGCCCACAGGCCGAUUUGAAGGAUUUGUAUAUAAAGCCAAGUGGAGGAGACGGGAGUUGCAUAUUUUGAGUUAAUUGCCCGUAGUUGGCAAAAAAUUUUGUACUGAGGUAUUUAUCCUUUUGUUAGAUCUCUAAAUUGGAGGCAGGUGAAACUGACCAUUUGACUGUCUAUUCCAGUUCUCUGAAUUGGGCAUUUUUUUGUCUCAGGGGAGCAAAAAUUAAAAUGAGGGUGUAGCUCCGGGCCGAAUGGCUGGAGGGUUAUCUUGUGAGUGGCUGUGGCACUGAACUUUUAUUUCAAAGGAUGACAGGCCCUCGAGGAAGCAGAUUUUUCAUUUUCCUGUGGCAAGAUGUAGUGGGCAAAUACCAGAUCUGAGCGUGGAUGGUGAGCCUUGUUUAGCUGAGGGUUCUUACCGGUCCCUCGCACAGUCACUCGCAUGGUUCUAGUGAGAAACAUUCACUGGACUUGCAUUCAGGGUGGAGGGUUAAGACGGUGGCUGUGCUCCAUCUGCCAACUCACACGUCGACAUCAAAAUCUCUCCAUCUCUGAAGUAGCAGAUGGUCCUGAGAUUGCUGUAAGGUUAGCAGUCCAUCAUGUUAUAAUUCUUUCUUGCUAGUAGCAGUUAAUAUGGUAUCUAUGCAUUUGUCAAAAGAAGGCAAGAGAAUCAUUAUAUUGGACUUCAAACUAAAUGUCCGAGCAAAGAAUUUGUGAUUCAGGACAAGAUAAAUGUAGUUUUUCUCAAAGAAAUGUUGAAAAACUCUCCAAGAAUGUGAACUAUUAAAUAAUAUUUAUAAUCA